AUGUCGCUUCCUACGGCCGGCCGGAUCCUACGGUCAACCUCCAAGGCCCCACAGGCACCUCCCGCCCGCAUCGGACUCGCCCCUCGUCAGGCCAAAUCGAAAAACUCAUAUUGCCCUCCCCCCACGGCCACACCCAUCGACGAAGACGGAUUUCAGCUAAUCGGCUCCCGCCGCAGAUCACCACCGCAACCCAGAACGCCCGCUCCUCGACGCCCGGGACGGACCACCGCCUCGCAAUGCUUCGGCGGGGGGAGUAGAGACGGAGAAGGGGGCGCAGCGGGGGAGGCGGGAGAGACGGCGAUGGCGGAGCAGAGGACGUCGGGACAGGAGGAGGGUCCGGAGACGACGGAGGCAGUUGAGGCGCAGAUAGAGAGCGGGAUUGCAGAGAUGGAGGCUGCGCUGAUCCGCGAACGGGAGGACGGCGAGAGGAGACUGGCUGAACGGGUAAUCGAGGAAGCGAUGGCUAGGGCGCGGGAGGAUAGCGAGAGGAUACGGGCGGAACGGAAUGCCCUGCUGGAGAAGGAGGCGGAGACGGACAGGCUCAACGCGAUAGAAGGGCGUCGGGUGCUCGAGGAGAUGAUGGCAGCGGCGCCGGUGCAGGAGGCUCUUCAGGAAGUACCCAUUGUGGAGGGAGGGCCGGACAGGCGUGCGCGGGUCGAAGACGCGCCGGAUAGAGCGGGGAUAUGGUCUGACACAGAGACGGAGGAGGUGGAGCCAUCGCCGUCCGCCCCGCCCAAGACGAAGUCUCAACGGCGGACCCGCCCACACGCCAAGGAAGACCGAGCACGCAAGCGGUCAAAAAAGGCGGCCAAAAACCAGUCCAUCGUCCGGCCCGUCCAAACGCUGGCGAAUACAUGCCUCUCUGACGACCAGCUUCUUGUCGAAUUCCUCAAACUCGCCAAGAUGCCCGUACUCCUCGUUCCCCUCCAGAGCCGCCUCGUACCAGCGUUCCAAGACGCCGCACGACGCGCCGCCCAAAAGUACCUCGACUACCCGUCCGCCCAGGCAGUCUUCGAGUUUCUCGCACUCGUCAAGGGAGCGAUUGUCCCUUCCGAGCUCGGCGGACACCGGACUCUGGAUAGGCUCAGAGUGUGGCCAAACGUGGAAUGGCAGCUGGGGGAAGAGACACAAGUGAGAGGAGGGUCGGGGGAGUCGGACGCGGCAGCGAGGGCGGAGAAGCUGGUGGAGAAGGGGAGAGUGGGAGCGGCGGCGAAAGUACUGGCGGGGGUAGCGAAGGUAGCUGAGGUGACGGGGGAGGUGAUUGAGAAGCUGCGGGACUUGCACCCCAAAGGGGAAGCGGCCCCAUUCGGAACGUCAGCAGGACCCGUGAACGGAGAAGUGCCGAAGGAGGCGGAUAUUGAGGACGCGCUGAGGGGAUUCGCCAGUGACGUCGCAUGCGGGGUGUCAGGCUGGACGGUGCCACUGCUCCGGAUGGCCGCCAAGGACGACACCGUUCUCAAAUUCCUCACCACCCUCACCGCCAACAUCGCCGCCGCCGCAUCACGCCCCUCACCAAGCCCGGGACCGGCGGUCUCCGUCCGAUCGCGGUCGGUGAUCUCAUCUAUCGCCUGGCAAUGA